AUGUUAUCUAUGCAAAUAGAACAUCGAACGUUUACAACCGAAGUCAAACAAGAGUGUAUAGACAGCAGCGACGACUCGAUAUGGAUCGUGCAAACCGGAGACGAUGACGUCACUGAACAGCUAGAGAAGCUGCUUAAGGAAAUUGUUGGGCGUCUCAUCAUAAUGAAGCUACUCACGAAAAAUCAGCUUGAUAGUAAUCAAGUGCCAAAAUGGACCAUGGAUCAGGAUCCAGUAGUCCAGGGACUAUAUGUUAAAGAAGAUGGUCGGAACUACGAUGAACUGAAGAAACAUAAGUGCUUUAAUUGCAGUCAAAUAUUUCCUUCGUCCGAGUCUCUGACGAGCCACAAAUGUAGAAAACGGAAGCAGAAAUCCAUGUUAAAAGAUGAUUCGGGAGUGUACGUGCCGUCUGAAGAGGAUUUCUUAAAGAGAGCUCAAGGAAAACCUCGUCCUCUCGAAGAGUCUGGUGACAAGGACCUAUUAAUAGCGCGAGGCCGUAAGAAGAAGAACCGGGAACAAAUGGACUCUCAGAUUAUGACGUGUCAUAAUUGUAACGAAUCGUUUACGUCCAAAGUGAGACUCAAAUUUCAUAUGCAAUUCCACGAAACAUCGAACCUCAUAACGUCGGACGGUCAUUACGCGUGUUCGGAGUGCGAGAACGUCAAGUUUGACACGGAAACCGAGUUAUUCGACCACGUGCACUUCCAGCACGACAAGCAGAAACGCUGGCAGUGUCCGGUCAAGGGCUGCGGGAAGACGUUCUUUUUAAGGGCAACCCUGACGAAGCACAGUCGAACACACACUGACACCAGGCGUUACGUCUGUGUGACUUGCGGCAAAAGAUUCCUUGACAAGCAGACGUUAGACGAACAUGGCGUUACACAUUUACAGAUAAAACCUUUCCAAUGCCACAUCUGCUUCAAACAACUGACCAGACGGUCUCGUCUCCGAAUGCACUUGCGAGCUCACGAAGAGGAACUGUCUCCAGCGCUGGUGUUGACCUGUGCGAUGUGCUGCCGAGCGUUCAGAGAUGAAAACGAUGCACAGGAUCAUGCCAAUAAGGCGACUGAAUGUAUAGAGGAGUUCACUAAUGAACUGAAAGAGGAAACCGAAGCUACGGAACAGCUGUCGCCGACCAGUGGCAUCGUCAGACACGCGGUUCGAGUUGUUGGUAUGUAA